AUGGAAAAAAACAAUACUCAAGUAUUCUGGGCUACACCAAUGACAGUUAUUACCGAUACAUUAAAAAAGCAGUGGCACCCAUAUGUCUUCGAUUGUUCGAAAGAAUAUGACGAGAAAGGAGAACUUUGUAAAGAUUGGACCCGUGGAGGCUUAUGCGAAAAACAUCGGGCAACUAUGUUCUUAUUUUGUAGGAAAACUUGCUUAUGUACUGGACCACCUAAACAAAAAAAAUGA